AAACCCUACCAAAAACCAAACGGGUAACCGCCAAGCGAAGCAAAAGCAUCGUGAACAAUGGGUGGUGGCGGGAGGGGAGGAAGAUCACGCACUCAGCGGAAGCAUUUCCGCCAGAGCAGAGAGAAUGUGUGGAAGCGUUCCAAACCGGAUCACGAUCCUUCUUCCACCGAAAAUCCCUCUUGGACUCCCUUCGCUACUCAGAACGACGCUUUCGAUUUUUACUACAAAGAGCAGGGAAUUGUACACCCGCAACAGUGGGAACAAUUCGUCGCAGUUCUCAGAACUCCAUUGCCCGCAACCUUCAGAAUCAACUCUAGUAGCCAGUUUUCCGACGACAUUCGUUCUCAAUUGGAGGAUGACUUCAUGCAUUCUCUUCGUAACGAGGUUGUUGAAGGUGGUGAGACGGAGGCUAUUCGGCCGUUGCUGUGGUACCCUGGGAACUUCGCUUGGCAUUCAAAUUUUUCUAGGAUGCAGCUCAGGAAGAACCAAACACUUGAGAGGUUCCAUGAAUUCCUAAAACUAGAAAAUGAGAUUGGAAAUAUCACAAGACAGGAAGCUGUCAGUAUGGUUCCUCCCCUCUUCUUGGAUGUGCAUUCAAAUCAUUUUGUGCUUGAUAUGUGUGCUGCACCAGGUUCGAAAACAUUCCAAUUGCUUGAGAUUAUACACGAAUCAACUAAAGCAGGAUCACUACCUGAUGGAAUGGUUAUUGCAAAUGAUGUUGAUGUCCAAAGAUGUAAUCUUCUCAUCCACCAAACAAAAAGAAUGUGUACAGCCAAUCUAAUUGUUACAAAUCAUGAAGCACAACACUUCCCAGGAUGCCGGUUAAACAGAAAUUAUGAAAGGACGGAGUUAGAUCACAGUAUUGGCCAACUGUUAUUUGAUCGUGUUCUUUGUGAUGUCCCAUGCAGUGGUGAUGGUACCCUUCGUAAGGCACCUGAUAUGUGGAGGAAAUGGAACACAGGGAUGGGACAGGGUCUUCACAGCCUACAAGUUUUAAUUGCUAUGCGAGGUUUAUCUUUACUAAAAAAUGGUGGAAGAAUGGUUUAUUCAACAUGCUCAAUGAAUCCUAUUGAGAAUGAAGCUGUGGUUGCUGAGGUUUUGCGGAGGUGUGGAGGAUCUGUUGAACUUCUUGAUGUCUCUAGUGAGCUUCCACAACUUAUUCGUCGGCCAGGUCUCAAGAAAUGGAAGGUAUAUGACAAGGGCACUUGGUUAGUCUCUUACAAAGAUGUUCCUAAGUUUCGUAGAAGUGUAAUUCUUCCAAGUAUGUUUCCUUCUGGAAGAGGCCAUCAGGAUCUUGUUGAUAGUAGUUGUAAUGUUGACGUAGAUGACAUUACUAAUGUUAAUGGAAAUGCUGGUGACGGUAUUCUAGCCGUAGAGAAUCCUGCUAUGUCUGAGUCUUCUGUGGAAGUUUCAGAUUUCCCUCUAGAGCAUUGCAUGAGGAUAGUGCCUCAUGAUCAGAACACUGGAGCCUUCUUCAUUGCUGUACUGCAAAAAGUUUCUCCUCUGCCAGCAAUUUCAGAUAAAACUAAAAUAGAAAUCGAUGAGAAAUGUGUAGAACCAACAAACCAUAGUCUUAAUGAUGCACAAGUACCGGAGAUUAAUUCACCUGAAAGCACACAUGAAGAAGUCUUAAAAUCCGUUUCAGAGGAAAAUGUAGAUGACAAUGAACCCAAUACCGAAGAUUUGGAAGUUAGUCCUGUUACAUGUGACGAGCAGAAUUCCAAGGAAACUCAAGAGCCCAACAAUGUACCAAACAUGGCAAAGAGGGUUCCAGGCAAAAGAAAGCUACAAAUUCAAGGCAAAUGGAGGGGUGUUGACCCUGUUGUCUUUUUCAAAGAUGAAGCAAUUAUUAAUAGUAUAAGGGAUUUUUAUGGGAUCAAUGAGCAUUUUCCAUUCAAUGGUCAUCUUGUUACAAGAAACAGUGAUGUAAAUCAUGUGAAAAGAAUUUAUUAUAUCUCCAAGUCAGUUAAGGAUGUUCUUGAGUUGAACUUCAAAGUUGGGCAGCAACUUAAAAUAACCUCAAUUGGCCUGAAGAUGUUUGAAAGACAAACAGCACGAGAAGGUAACUCUGCACCAUGUGCUUUCCGGAUAUCAUCAGAAGGAUUGCCUCUUAUUCUCCCAUACAUAACCAAACAGAUUCUGCAUGCAUCUCCCGCAGACUUCAAGCAUCUUCUGCAGAACAAAGAUGUAAAAUUUGAAGAUUUUAUUGAUGCUGAGUUUGGUGAAAAAGCUGCAAACCUGAUGCCAGGCUGUUGUGUGGUAAUUAUGAGUAAAGGGAACAGCGUUGCUACCGAGUCCCUCCAAGUGGAUGAAUCCACAAUCGCCAUUGGAUGCUGGAAGGGUAGGGCGAGAUUGAGUGUGAUGGUUACAGCUAUGGACUGCCAAGAACUACUUGAAAGGCUUUUAAUACGUUUUGACACUAAAAACGGUUCCUCUGGGCAUGUGGCGGCAGAAGUACAGCCUGUGCAAGAGUUAAACAGUAAAAAUGACCAUGAUGAUGGUGAUGUGAAAGCUUCUGUGAAUUAAAAGUGACUACUUAACAAAUAUUUAUUACUCAGUUGUAACAGAAAUGAAUGCUAUUUAGCAUUUACAGAAUGGUGAUUUUGUCCUUCACCUACGAAACAUCAGUGAAAAAGUUGCUUGUUUUUGUUAACCCCGUCAUUAUUUUCAAAGACAGACAUUGUUCCAUAUUUGUAUUAAUAUUUAUAUUGAUAUUAUUCUAUAGUUUCAGUUUCAUAAA